AAUAUUAUUAGCAAUUUAAUUGAAUAUAUUUAAUUUAUUUUCUAAUAGGGUAUGUAGUAUUUUUAUAUUUAUUAUAUAUUUGAUGAUUCAUAGAUAGGGUUAAGAUAGAUUUAGAUGAAAUAAGUAGUUUGGAAAAUUGCUGAGAUAGAUUAGAUGAAAAAAAAGUGAGUUUAUUUAGAGGCACGAUGGAAUUCAAGAAAAAGAAAAGUAAAUGAGCGUGAUUAUUAAAAAUUAUAAUUAAUUUAGGGUGGUUUUAACUUUCAGUAGCCAGCUUAAUCUUGAUUGUAUUAAAAUAGAAUAAUUAAUUAGAAAUCUUACAUAGUGCCCUUUUAAAAUAAAUUUUAAUAUUAAACCAACAUCUUUUGCAUUUAAAUGAUCGUUUACUAUCAUUGAGAUUCUUGCAUAACUAUUAUGUCGACAUAAAUAACAAAAAGAGAAGUAGAAAGAAAUUAAAUUUUUACUUUUGGAGAAUAGCUUAAUUUUAAGAAUAGUAUCAUGGGAUUCACAUGAAAUCAAAAUUGAGCCAUAAAACUAGGCUACCAUGAAUUACAAAAGACAGGGAGCCAUAGUUACAGUGAGGAAUAUAACAGUAAAGGGAAGACCUGAUAUUCCC